CAUUUGAGAGUAAAGGGACAUAUAAUGUAGUUUAACACAAAUAACAAAUCCUGCUUUUGAGACGAGGGAGGUGAAUUCCUGGUAGAAUAACUAGUCACCCCUCUUUAGAUGCUUUUGAACUCUCCGUUCUUAAAGCAGUUAGCAUGUUAAUAAGUGCAGAUGGGGACAGGUUUAUUUCUUAGCUACUGUUGCUGUUUUACAAAGUUCUCUGAAAGCAUCACGAUCUCACUUUCACGAUGAGGUAAAAGGCGAAUCACUUCAGUGCAUAAUGCAUCUACCGAUGACUCAAAGCUGAAUGAUGCCUCUCAUAUGUUCUGAGUGUCACUAAUUUGCACGGAAUUGAUGACAGUCUGAGAGAACUUUGGUCAGGAGAUGAAGCCGAGAUAAAGCAACACUCAACAGCACAACAUGGAAACUAAUCGGGACCGGCAAAGUGUUACCAAAGCGAGGCCUAUGUUCUGGAUCUACAAGCCACUCCAUUUCAUGACCUGGAUGUGUAAAAGUGAAUUUCUCUGAAUGUCUGAACACUAACUUCUGUAUGAAUCGAGGCAGCCGCAGUCUCCAGGAACCAGCAAAGAUUCUGACUUUGAGCAGGUGAUGAUGAUGUUAAUGUCUCUUUGCUGAUGGAAUAGAAGAGGAACACCUAAUGGCACUUUUUUUGAGUCUGCAGUGCAGUAUGGACACACUAUGAUGCAGUCAAGCACACUCUGCAAACUAAAUGAGAUUGUUAUAUAUAUUAUAUAUAUGUAUGUAUGUGCGUGUGUGUGUGUGUGUGUGUGUGAGAGAGAGAGAGCGAAAGGGAUGAAUUCACAAUAAAAUUGUUUGAUAAACUCCUGGCCUGGUCUGUCUUGUAAUGGUGGCUGCAAACCUCUAACCAGAGUCUCCUCGUGCAGGCUGAACAGCACAUGUGGGAUGUUUAGUCUCAGCGCUGCCUUCCUCUGAAGAUUCUUAGCUUAGAUUGACUGUUUCAGGAAGUGAUUUUUCUCGCGGUUUUCAAAGUUGAGCCUCAACUACUAAUCAUUUCAUGCAGAAAACCACAUUUUAAAAAGAGCAUCUCUCUUCGGGCACUGAAACAUUUACCAGGUUUGUGUUUGGUUUUUUGGCUUUUUCCCCCACAAAAUGCUGAUGAUGAGUUUGUGUUGGACAGUGAGGCCAGUCUGUUAGUGAUGUAAGCUCAGAUUUUUAGAACUUGCGUUGACUAGUAAGGUUGGCGAUUAUUUUAUUUUUUUUAACGUGGCGCAGUGGAAGGUCGCUUAUUUCUAUAGCGGGUGCCAGAUGUUACAGCCACAUCAAUUCUAUUUUAAUCUCAAAAUUCGGCUUUAUUAUUAAUAAUACCCGAGUUUAGCACAACCUAAACAGCAGUACUCCUGCGCAGACACGGGUGUGUGAAUACAGCUGAUUUUAUGUAUUUUAUUGAUUUCUUUUUCUUUGAUUGACCUUUGCAAAUAUUCGAGCAGAUUUAAACGUGCGUCCUGAAAUGUUUACUAUAAGGAGAGCGCGAUACAGUGGCGCAGUGUGGGAGGCGUGAAUCAUUUGGUGAGUUCACAUGUAGAGGCGUUUUAAAAGCUGAAUUUCAACGGAGAGAAGAAAAUAUUUGAAUACUGCAGAAAUAAUGACGCAGUUAAUUAAUUGUGCGGUUAUAAACAACCGCAUAUCAAAUCAAAUCUAGUUUCAAACCGCGAAGUUCUAACAUCCUGCGUAAAAGCGACAUCAAAUCCCUAAAUGUAUUUAUAUUAUUAAUAUCAUUAAUAUUAUUAUUAUUAUUAUUAUGUGCGUGUAUUUAAUUGUGAUGGCAUGAUGCUACAGUUAAGAAACCGUCUGCCUAUCGGGCAGCAGGCCCUGCUGCAGCUGCUUUUAUCGGUUCGAGCUUCAUAUCUUCUCCAAAAAACUGUAUCCGGAUGCCGUGAUGCGUCUAAUCGAGCUGGAACAUGUGGUCCUUUAAUUUCCUGUCCUUUAUUUACUGAUAACGGUUUGCAUGUAGCCGACAUUAUAAAUGCAUUCACUGACAUGUUUGUGCCAAAGCCGUGUAAACGGUCUGAAACCUUUUUGGGCGUCCAGUUGUCUGAUUUGGAGGAAACUUCACACCUUUACAUGCGUGGAGGAUUUGACCGGAGCGGAUUUACUAACGGUUACCUGGUGAUAUAUUAAAAUAAUAAGUCAAGAAACGCAAUGAAAUGAAAAGUCAUCCAAAAUGCGCAUGUGUGAAUUUCGGCUCCGUGGCAAUUCAAGCGUCUCAAGCCACGAACAAUAAAACUUUAAAGCGCAAACAUGGCCUGAUAGCCACCUGUAUUUACUGCAAACGAAUGCAGGUUUUUGAUCACACUUUCACUUCAAUGCCGUCUCAAAACUGUUUUAUUACACCUGCAGUGGAUGAAAGGCACCAGGACGCACGACUCCGUCUUAUUGAUCAGCGCGUAAUGACGCUCUAAUCUUCGACCUGUGCGAACAGAAAACAAACUGUCUCCGUUAUUUGCUUCUUCCUCUCGGGGUAAUGUGAAACGGUCACCGCAGGCGUUAGGACGGAGAGUGUCUGUCACAUAAUAACAGUUUAUGGGCUCAAGUGACCACCAGACCGGGACAACACUUUGUCCUGUGUGGAGCCGGCAGUGAGUUUUGAUCAGAGAGACACCGCGGUGCGUUUUUAUGUGAGGAUUUAUUCUCAAUGAAUUAUUUUUCCUCUAGCGUUUUAUUGGCUGAACUCAACCGGAGACACUCUUGGCAAACCCGCAGCGUUUGGUCAAAUUUUAAUUGCAGCCUAUAAGAAUAAUAAGACUACCACGCCGGUUCAAAGUUUCUCCCACCCCUUUAUUUUACCACGACGUGCUACUUCAAGCUCCCCAGCAAGGCACCCUGGGGUGUGUCUCCCCGUUUCCUCUCCCCCUGCCCCCUUUAAAGAUUGAGAAAGGCGCCGAUAAAGCCUGUAUCACCUCUCCCGACUGCCCCGGGCUCCAUGGGAGACACGAGCUGCAGUCUGCGAGAACUUCGGCAGCCCCAAGCUGUGGAAAAGUUAAACACUGCAAAAAGUGUCUCAUAGACUUCUCGUCCCAAGUUGUAGGCCUACUUUUAAACAAUAAAUAAACUUUUCUCUUCUUCAUUCCACCUGCGUUUCUUGUAAGAAAGGAAACCACUGUCGGGUUCUGAAAUGAGUCCGUUUGCUCUAAAGAUGCAAGACGACGUCGCCCCCGCUGCAGACAGUUUUCCUACAGCCUGCUCUGACUAAAACACUGCAGGCGGAUAUUUUUUACAGCGCACUGAGCUGUGGCGAGCAGCCUCGACACCUGUCCGACGACACCUGGCAGGCGUGACCGACAGUCCGCGCAUGCUCCCUUGUCAGGUUGAAACCUCUUAAAGCACUUGGGAGCAACAUCACCACACCAGUAGAUGUCAAAUCUUGGAGCGAGCGGCCUCGGGCGCAGGAGGACUGCUCUCUACAGCUGGAUUAUUGUCACUGAUUUGUUCUGUUCCGCUUCAGAGAUGCCCCGCUCCUUCUUGGUGAAGAGUAAGAAGGCGCACAGUUAUCACCAACCCCGAAGUUUUGAGGAUGACUACAACAAGCUGGACACGAUACUGGCGCACAUAUGCUCGGAGGGAGAUAAACUCCCAGAAGAAGACACGGAUAUGUCGGUGGACAGGUACGACCUGUCUCCGGACUCCCACCUGGGCGACGCAGCAGAUUUCUCCCCCAAGUCUCCGCUGAGCUGUGCCGACAGCCUGUGCCCUCGCUCCCCGGACUAUGAGGACUUCUGGAGGCCUCCAUCUCCCUCCGCCUCGCCAGCUGAUUCGGAGAAAUCUCUUUCUCCCCUGGUGGACGAGACUCAGCCCUUCACCGUUCCAUUCCGGCCAUACGCCUGGAGCAGCAGCUAUCCCAGGCCGGAGCUGGUGCAGCCAAGCCUCCAUACGGGAAUGGAGGUAGCAAGAGGCCCGGCUGCGAUGGGCUUCUACGGAGACAGAAGCACCCAUCCUGCCCUGUAUGCAGACCGAGCUCUGGGAGAGGAGACCUAUGGUAACUACAGGAGGCACGCUGCUGCUCUGCUGUUUCCUGAGGCAGGCCUGCACGGAAAAACCCACGGGGUGAACGCGCAGUCUGAUCUGCUGUGCUCUAGCCUCAUCAUCAAUGGGGCUUACAAGUGCGUCAAGUGCAGUAAGGUGUUUUCCACUCCCCACGGUUUAGAAGUGCACGUCCGCAGAUCACACAGCGGCACCCGGCCAUUUGCGUGCGAAAUCUGCGGCAAAACUUUCGGACACGCAGUGAGCCUGGAACAACACAAGGCCGUGCACUCUCAGGAAAGAAGUUUCGACUGCAAAAUAUGCGGUAAAAGUUUCAAGCGGUCGUCAACUCUGUCGACUCACCUGCUUAUCCACUCCGACACGCGGCCGUACCCAUGCCAGUACUGCGGCAAAAGGUUCCAUCAGAAGUCGGACAUGAAGAAACACACCUUCAUCCACACAGGUGAAAAGCCACACAAGUGCCAGGUGUGCGGGAAGGCGUUCAGCCAGAGCUCCAACCUCAUUACGCACAGCAGGAAACACACCGGAUACAAACCUUUCGGCUGCGACCUCUGCGGCAAAGGUUUCCAGAGAAAGGUGGAUUUGAGGAGACACAAGGAGACACAGCACGGGCUGAAAUGAACUGACGCGGCACCAUGGAGUCAAUCUAAUCUGACUUCAGAGCAAUCAUUUGCUCAUUCCUAGGAAGUCGUUUUUAGACAUCCGGCAUUUUCGACUUUUCCUCCUUCUGCCAUCCACCUUGAGGACAUUUUUCGGAUCAAGAUCGACUCUGACUCUCAUUUAGCUUGUUAAACGUGCAUUGAACCUAUAUUUAACAACGACAGAUGGUGUUUUUUAUUUAUUUUAUAAGGGAAAAAAACGUUUAACGGGCGACUUUUUGCAGUGCGAAAACGAGCAACACUAACGAGACCAGCCUGCUGCAGAAUGUUACAUGCUCACAAAACCAGAGAUAAGCUGUGGACUUUAAAAUACAUGACAUGUAAGCGCGAUAAUAAUAAUAAUAAUAACAAUAAUAAUAAAAUUGUCUGUGUCUUAAGCCCAAAAUAUUAGCAGUCACACUUCAAUAACAGGAUUGGCAGAGCCAUAAAGAAACAGAUGCAAAUCUGCGCUUCUCCAAAAGAACAGACGUAGGAUUUUGUUGUCAGCUACAGCGAUGCUGGCAAAACAGUUCUUCCACUGUCUGAUUUAAUAAUCGCUUCCAUUACCAAGCUGGUAUCUUUGGUCUAUUUUGCACAUUUUCUUGUCAAAUUUAAACUUCUAUCGUUUACAAAUAAAUAUUACUUCUCUUCAAAUAUGUAUUCCAGUUUCUUGUUGAUGUUUUAAAAUGAUUAUUAUGAUCAAAUUUCAAUGCAGUUAAAAAUAUGGAUGAGUUAAGUUUUUCCAAACGAAAACAGAGACGGAACGGAAAAAGCGUGCAUAAAAAUAAAACAGAUUACAUUAAAGUAAAGGUCGGGUUUCAUCACCUAAGUUUAAAAAAAUUCCACAGAGCGUCUUUUUUUCACUGUCGUCAGCAGACGCGUCGGUAGAUUUAAGGUCAUUAGCAACAGUUAUUUCAGAUUU